AUGAAUAAGAAGAGAGCAAAAACUGUCGAAAAACUUAGUUUGAGAGAUUCUAAUAAAAUUUCUCUUCUACAAGAAUUACAAAAACUUAAAUAAAUGAAAAGAGAGUGAAGGAAGUCUUCACAACGCUUCUAUUCUAAAACAGCAUAGCGUUGACGAUAAAAUUAUUGGAUUUGCUACUUCAAUGCCAUCUGGUGACCCUUGCGAGGCUCCUUUCAGGAUCUAUAAUACCUAUCACCAGCCUCCUCCAGAACAGAAAUUAUACAUUCUGAAUAAAUUUUUGCUUAAGAACUCGAACAAAAAUGUGAGUAAAUUAGUAAAAAUAUUUAAAAAGCUUCAAAAGCAAAAGAGCCAGAAGCCUCAAACUGAGUUUGUGCCAACAUCUAUUAGCUUCAUUAAUGCAUUGAAGAAUAUUAAAGUUGCGAAUGAGAAGACCACCUUUGUUGGCAGAAUAAAAAUAGCAAAAACAAAGCCUAGGAAGAUAGGGCCCUUGACUCGAAAUGAAGCUAGAUUUAACUUACGGCCUAAAAAUAGAUCCAGCCAAAGGAAAAGAGUGAAUCUUUCAGCUUGAAAGAACUAUUACAAUAGUUCCAGAUCUUCGCGCAAGAGCUUUAAUAUAGGAAAUGCACUGACAAGUUCUCAGAAAAAUAUGUCUUUUAACACUUAUUUUUAUAACUCUGAAUCUGCCUCACAUUUCAAAAAUAAAAUUUUAAACGCGAAUAGUAAAAAGGAGUUUAGAAGACUAUCCAGCUAUUUGGAGAAUAAUAGGUAUGCAAGUCCUGAACAGUUCUCCGACUAUCAGUCUUACAGAUAAGUAGGUCAGUAAAAUGAUUCAGUAUUGCAAGAGAGAUUUGUAUUAAAAAUGUAUCAGAAGUUUAUGGUCAAUAAUUAGG